GCUCUCUCCUGUCUCCAUUGUCGUGGGAACCACCGCCCGUAGAACUCGGUGCGUUUUGGUCUCUGCCAAGAUGGCUGCUGUCAUAGCGUUACAGGAGCGCCGCUGGAGACACUUCGGAUCCGGUUAACUUCCGCCGCGGUUUUGUUGCCUGUGUGAGCGUUCGACGUGGGCGGAGCGAGUGCUGACAGCAGAGGGAGAGCGUGAGGCGGCGCCCGGCCAUGGGGGAGCUCCCAGUCAGGCUGCAGGCUGCCCCCCAGUGAGUGAGGCCUCUCCCAGGGCAGAGCUCAGGACUGGAGAAUUCAUCUGUUUGAGACAGAAAGAGAAGAACAACUUACCUGGCAUAUUGCUCUUUAUCCUACUGAACUUUGUGUCAGAGCUUCCUUUUUUUUUUUUAAUUUAUUUUUUAUCAUCUUCAACACAAGAGGACAUUGAAUGACAAAGUCCCCUUCAGAUUAUGCUUAAACCAUGGCUCAAAUAGAAAAGAAGGUUGGGCUUCUCCGGAAGUCUUCAGGUUCCAAGAAACCGCUGAAAGAAAAAGUGGUGUUGAUGUACGAUGAGAUAUUUGCGAAGGAAGAUCCUAGCAAAACCAACCCUAGAUUUUGGGAUGAACUUUUUCUAAUGAAGGUGAAUCUAGAGUACUUAGAAGCAAAACUGGAAUCAUUGGAUGGUGAAGAAUUAAUGAAGAUAAAGGACAACAUUAACAGUUUGUUCCAGCACUGUAUUCAGGCUUUGGGGGCCGAUCACCAAAUCCGAGUGGUGAAUUCACUGCAGACGCUAUGUGCAUUGAUUCGGGGUGUUCACCAAAAGAACAAGCCAACCUCCGGGUUUGAUAUCAUCAACAUGCUGAUGGGGUUCGAUAAGGCAGAGCUCCGAAUGAAGAAUUUGAUGGAGAGUUUAGAUGUUCUUUUGUGCGGAGAAGGAUCGGAAAAUCUGAAGAGCUUGUGUUUGAAGCUUCUUCUCUGCUUAGUGACAGUCACUGAUAACAUCAGCCAGAAUACCAUCCUGGAAUACGUUAUGAUUAAUAGCAUAUUUGAAGCAAUGUUACAGAUUCUGUCUAAUCCUCCUAGUAGAAGAGAACACGGCUAUGACUGUGUUGUUUUACUUGCACUCCUUGUUAACUACAGAAAGUAUGAGUCUGUAAACCCUUACAUUGUUAAGUUGUCUAUUGUGGAUGACGAGAACACACUCAAUGGGAUGGGAUUAGUAAUAGCUUGUGCAUUAUUUGAAUACAACACGCAAUACCGAGACAAGGAAGAAGAAAACCAGACGGGCUUUUUCUCAGCAUUAACAAAUAUGGUGGGCAGCAUGUUCAUAGCAGAUGCUGAUGAGAAGAUCUCUGUACAAACUAAUGAGGCCAUAUUGCUGGCCCUUUAUGAAGCUGUUCACCUAAACAGGAACUUCAUCACAGUUUUGGCACAGAGUCAUCCAGAGAUGGGAUUAGUUACUGUACCUAUCAGUCCAAGUCCUACCACACCAACUACUCCAUUGGGGACAACUCCUCCUUCUUCGGAUGUAAUGAGUCCCACGGAACUGCCCCUGGAUGCAGAUGUGCAGACGAGUAACCUGCUGAUUACCUUCUUGAAAUACAGUUCUAUUGUUAUGCAAGAUACAAAAGAUGAACACAGACUGAACAGUGGUAAAUUGUGCCUCAUCAUCCUGACAUGCAUAGCAGAGGACCAAUACGCCAACGCCUUUCUGCACGAUGAUAAUAUGAAUUUCCGUGUAAACCUUCACAGAAUGCCCAUGAGACACAGGAAAAAAGCAGCAGACAAAAACAUCCCUUGCCGUCCGCUAGUAUGCGCCGUACUGGAUCUGAUGGUAGAAUUCAUGGUGACACAUAUGAUGAAGGAGUUUCCUAUGGAUCUAUAUACACGCUGCAUUCAGAUAGUCCACAAGCUGUUGUGCUAUCAGAAGAAGUGCCGAGUGCGGCUUCAUUACACGUGGAGGGAACUCUGGUCAGCGCUAAUCAAUUUGUUGAAGUUUCUCCUGUCCAACGAGACUGUACUUCUAGCAAAAUACAACAUAUUUACCUUGAUCCUGAUGGUGGUGAAUUUGUUCAAUAUGUUCAUUACAUACGGAGACACCUUCCUUCCAACUCCAAGCAGCUAUGAUGAACUUUACUAUGAAAUCAUUCGUAUGCAUCAGGUUUUUGAUAACCUUUACUCAAUGGUGCUGCGGCUUUCAACCAACGCCGGUCAGUGGAAAGAGCCCUCUAGCAAAGUGACACAUGCAUUGGUCAAUGUCAGGGCCAUUAUAAACCACUUUAAUCCUAAAAUAGAAUCCUAUGCGGCUGUGAAUCACAUCUCACAAUUAUCAGAGGAACAGGUUUUAGAAGUUGUGCGAUCCAACUAUGACACCCUGACCUUGAAACUUCAGGAUGGCUUAGAUCAAUACGAGAGAUAUUCCGAACAGCAUAGAGAAGCGGCUUUCUUUAAGGAGUUGGCUCGAUCAAUCAGCAUCAAUGUUCGGAAGAAUCUUGCUUUUAACACACUGAGCCAGGAAAUUCUUCUGAAGGAAUUUUCAACCAUUUCAUGAAAAUGAACUCCUGAUGUGAUCAGAUGGCCACCAGAAGAGCUGGGACACAUUUCUACUAGCACUGUGGAUGGACUGUUGCGUCAGUGUUUCUAUUUCCUUUACACAUAACCUGCCUUUUUAGAGUACAAACAUAGGUCUUUGAUGAAUUCAGGUCCCCCUUGUUCCAAAUAUAUUGUCCAACUAAAAGAAUGGAAAUGAAAACUUCGCUUCCUAGAGACUGCUUGAGACUUUACUUGUGCAAUUUUAUUUUUUAGAGGAAAUUAAGUUAAUGGUGAGACUGACUUAUCCAGAAUCCUUCUUUGUUUUUCCUACAUAGACACGACAGGUUAGUGAAGCAGAUUUGGGAAACCAUUAAAAAGUGUUUUCCAGUGGACUUUUUUGUAUACUGUGAUAAAUGAAUUCUGAUCAUUGCAUUGCAGUGAAUAAAUCACUAUUUUAUGUGAAGGUGUACUUACCUGCUUUUUUAUUCCUUUAUCAAAGAUAAUACAAACAAAGAACAAAUGGAAGCAUCUGUAAAAUAUUUUAUAUUGGUAUGAUAAAGAUGUGAAAAGUGUACAUGAGAUUUUGUGGACAUGUUUACAUAUCAGUCUUUAAAGGAAAAGGUUUCUUCUGCCCCUCUCCUCCUUCAUGCCCAGUAAAGGGUUUAAAAAACUAAACUUUUCACUUGUCUGAUUCCAGCGCCAAAGUCCCUUGCCUCUGGAUCGAACCCCUCCUCUGCCGACGUCAGCUGAUGGGAAAGACCUAAUGUGCAUUCAGCGAGCCCUGUGCGUGCAUUACAUCUUCCCCACAGGAAAACAUUGACUCAGUGCUUCCCUUUGGGGUUUUAGAAGACGCUGGACAUCCUCAUGCAAAGUGUAAGGAUGUUCAGCGUCGUUUCACAUAGUCAACUGCAAGAAGCGCCUCUAGUAGCGGGUUCUGGUAGAGAACAUAAAGGCAGUCUUAGUACUGCAAUGUAAAUAUUAUUUGUUAACCCUUACACUGUCAUGGGUGGGCAGAGAGAUUUAUAAAGCUAGCAGUACAGAUUUCCUUUACUAACUCUUGAAAUGUCUGGGCUACAAGAUUGUCAAGAAUUUUAGCCAAAACAGCAGAACUGAAACGUCACUGACGUGGAGGAUCCAAUAUGGCUAAUUUGGCCUGAAAUACUUGCAGUUCACUUUGAAUCCCUGACAAUUAACACUUGAUGGAUUUACAUUACCAAAAUAUCUUUUACUUUUUUUUAAGUUGCCAUAUAUUACACAUUUUCUAAUUUGGAAGAAAUCUCCAUCUUUGCAGAGACCUGUAGUCUUCAUAAAGGAACAAUUCAGUAUAUCUUCCACUUUUUUAUGGACUGUAGCAAUAAUACAUUAAAAA